UUUUUCUUCGCCGUCUUCGAUUUGCUUUGUCUCCGUUUUGUUCAACUGGAUUUGCCUGGUCUUGUUUAUGUCUAUCCAUCACCUUAGCCAAGGAUAAGGAGGUGUCACGAUGGUGUAUUGUUCCCCAUAACUCUGCAUCGCUGCAACUGGUUGCCGGGGAGUGAGAACAAGACUUUUCUGUCAUGCCUCCCGGUGGACCUUAUAUCUGCAUACCCUCUUGUACCCAGCAGAUGCAAAUUCAUUCCAGCAUUCCCUAUUUGUUCAUCCUUUUCCCGAGACAUAAAUCUUUCCCGUGGAGAUUUUAUAUCCCCGUUCCCGGACAACUUUGACCGCUUGUUAACGCAUUAAACAUAGGACUACGAUUGUUUCUAUGCCUCUGUCUUUGAAGCAGAAAAUCCUGCUCUCAAGUCUUUACCGCUAGCUGUGCAACAGAAGCAGAUUGUAGUGACCUGCAACUAUGAAGCGCGGCGGAGAGGGUUGCGGAAACUACAACUUAUCAAGGAUGCCAAAAUGAUAUGUCCCGAGGUUGUCAUUGUACUUGGCGAGGACUUGACUAAGUUCCGUGAUGUGUCCAAGGGUCUCUACUCCUUCUUGAAUUCACUCAUCUGGGGUAAUCAAGCCGAAAGGCUGGGGUUCGAUGAGGUGUUCCUGGAUGUUACCUCGAUGAUAGAUUACAAUCUCCAGUGGUUAGCACCUGGUGUUAGGAAUUCUUUCUUCCUGCUGGAUAAGGAUGACUUUACUGUUGGCUUUGAGUAUGAUCCAACGGUAUAUUGUGGCCCAACAUAUCCUUCGUUGGAUGACAAGCUACAGCCGGGGCGCGGGUCAUCGCCUUCAGACCUUGGACAGAGAUUAAUUCUCGCUUCGCACCUGGCCAACUAUAUACGGAAGCAACUAGAGGAGAAACAUGGCUAUACCAGCACAGUUGGGAUAUCUACUUCCAAGCUUCUCUCAAAGUUAGCUGGUAACGUCCACAAACCAAGAAAUCAAACGACACUUAUACCGCCUUUUUUGGAUGACGCAGAUCAGAGUGAUAGUUAUAUCACUCAGUUUAUGGAUGACCAUGAAAUAGGCAAAGUCCCAGGCAUUGGAUUCAAAAUCGCUAGCCGCAUAAGAGCGGCGGUACUUGGCCGUGAAAAUGACUUGGAGCUGUACAGAGAGCUUAGAGAGGAUGACAAAGUGACUGUCGGUGCUGUACGAACAUUCCCUGGCAUGGGUCCUCUGAUGCUAGAUAAGAUACUAUCAGGCGGAGGAUGGCCAAAGGAUAAUGGAAGUAGAAUAUGGGAGUUGAUUAAUGGCGUUGACCAUAGCGAAGUUGCAGCAGCGCGUAUGGUCCCUACGCAGAUUAGCAUCGAAGAUUCGUUCCGUCAGCUGGACACACUGGAUGCUGUGAAGAAAGAAAUGCUUCCACUGGCAAGUAGCUUGAUACGACGGAUGCACACUGACCUAACAGACGAUGAUGAAGAGGACAACGCAAAGGAUCAGGUUUCUGGGCUGCCAGAGAGAAAAAGACGGUGGCUAGCACAUCCACGAACGUUGCGGCUAUCUACACGGUCUCGGGUCCCUCCCAGCAGCACAAAUCAAGCCCAGUCCCUAUAUAAUAACCGCAUCUCUAGAUCCUGCCCAGUCCCACAAUUCAUUUUCUCCUUCAACGAGGAUGUGAACGCCAUAGCUGAACGCCUGGUUCAUGAAAGUCUGAUACCGACCUUCAAAAAACUUCAUCCUGAGAAGUCGGGCUGGCGCAUCAGUUUGAUGAAUGUUGCUGUGACCAAUAUGGUGGAUAGCGCAGGGUCAACGAAGAACAGCGCUGGUCGAGACAUAGGGAAGAUGUUCAAAUCGCAGAAUCAAGUCCUUCGGGAAUGGAGGAUUCAUGAUACAGAUGUUGAUACUGGCGGUCAUGAAGGGGGCACCAUGCAAGAUGGAAAAGAAGUAGAGGAGCCGGCUGGUGAUGAGAUAUGGGAGGACGAUGUGGAUUCUGUGAUGGAUACGGGGACGUCUUGUAGUGAAUGCUAUAUAUGCGGUGCUUCUAUACCCAGCUUUGCACUGCAGGCUCAUGAGACAUAUCAUUCAAUCACUGAUUAAGGGUGAUUCUACGUUAUGAUGUAAAAUAAUCUAGUUAGCGAGCUUAUAUGGUUCAAAUGGCCGGCCAUAUAAGCCUGUCUCAAGAUAUAAACCAUGCUUUCAACAGUAUCUUCUUCCCUAGGCCAUAUUUUGACCUAUAAUUAAAUUUACCGUUGAAACACGGUACUGAUGAAUCCCAAGGCUUUAUUCGACUCGUUUCUCAGUGGUUCCCGUAAUACAACUUUCAUGGUCCGUCUAUGUGCCAUCCGCUUUGAUAUACGGGGGCUACCAAAUGUAACAAGCCAUGCGUAUAGCCCGCCCCCCAUCGACUCGAUAUUGGCUAGAAACACUUUCACGACAGCAGUGAGAAGAGAGAGAGGGACGAGACAAGAGGCGAGGCUUAAUACUAUGCCUCUAGCCAGCCUUUCGUCCGUCAAUCAGCGAAGAACAAGGCUGGCCGCCGUGAACUGCACUGGAAUCCUCGUAACCAAAUCCUCCGUCUGAGCCUCAACAGCGAGCUUUUGAUUCUUCAUCACCCUCUUGUCUCAUUCAUCUGGUUAAGUUGAACCGCCAGCCAGAAUGUAGACGGAGGAGAGAUGCUGGUCGCUGGUCCAGGAACCCGGGCUUGACCAGCCGGCAUCAGUCAACACCAGCCACCGUAUGCAGAUUAUUAUCUCCAGCACAAGCACCACCGUC